AUGAAGAACCCGAUAAAGAGCUUCACUGCUGAAAAUGCUCAGGAAUUGCUGUUGUUGCUGUUUCUGCCUUCAGCCAGUCCUCUGGACCUGGAGAGGAACCGACCACCAGAUGAAAACUUUCCUUCCGGGAACCCAGAUGUGUCAGACGGUGUUGCUAAAAUCAUCUCCUUCUCAACAGUUAGACGUGUUUUGCCUUCUUCUGCUCCGUUCAGACAGAAAAUCCCAGUCAACUCGAUGCUCCCAGAGUUCGGUAACACAGAAAAACUGCAGUGGGCCACAUGGGAGGGUUCCCCUCCAAAUGGAGCCGUUUCUAUUUACAAUAAUUAUGAAGAACGAAUCGACUACGUCUGCAAGGUCGGAUGUCAUUCUGGUUUUUACAACCCCAGCAAAGGCCCUUACUGCCAUUAUCCCGAUAAAAAGAAAGAGCAUCGUUCCUCCUCUUUUGAAGUCCUUGUGAAUGAAGAUAAUUUUGAGAUCCUGGAGUGGAAGGAAGGUUCUUAUGGUUCUGUUCCACAGAAUUCAGUCAGAACCUGCUCCAGUGAGGAAAUGUAUGUAGGGAAGAACAAGUACGGAUUGGGGAAGGUUGACCCAAAGAGUCGCCUCUUUUAUCUUCCCUGGGAGGGGAAGGAAUAUUGUUACAAGAAGUAUGAGGUUCUGACUCAGAUGAAGGCUGACAAAGAUCUCAUCUCUGAUGUCAGGUACCACACAAAUCAAGCUACAAUCUUGAAAGCUCCUCCAAAAACCCUCCAAAGCUCCACUACUGUCAACCAUGGCCUCAGUGAUGUGACCAAAACAGUUUCUCUGACUAAGACGACCACAGAUGAGAGACGGUGGGACAUCAGCUCCUCCGUCACAUUCGGUGUAAGAACGACCAUCAAAACAGGAAUUCCUGGCAUUGUGGAAGGAAAUAUUGAAAUCAAUGCGGAGACGACUCAUACGUUCUCAGGUGGAAAUACCUGGACAGAGGAGAUCUCCCAUUCUGUGUCGAUACAGCUUACCGUACCACCAAACCACAGCUGCACAGUAAAGAUGGUUGGUUAUCAGUACAGGAUGGACAUUCCCUUCACCGCCCGCCUGAAGCGAACCUAUGAAGACGGAGAGACCAGAUCAGUCAUUAUGACUGGAACGUAUCAUGGAGUCCAAGUUGGAGAAAUCAGGGCUGAGGUGGAAAGAUGUAAACCUUUGCCCCGUUCUUAAGCCUUUUCAAACUAAACACAGGAAGGAAACUGAAAAACUAUAAAGUAUUGUUAGUACAACGUUACCAGGCAUCUGACACAGAGCUUCAGCUUCACUUCUGCUUUUUAAUUUAGACUCUAAUGUAAUCAGUGGGAGUCAUGCAGAAUAUUUCUGGUACAUUUCAGGCCUUUUAGUUUUAUACUGUAUGUUCAGAAAGUUAUUAUUUUUCACCAGUGAUAAUUUACUUGUUGUGCACUGAACUUAAUUAUUCUCCUAAAUCAUGUUAAAAUGAAUGAAAACAUCAAGAUUAGAGAGACAAAUGGGGAGAACCUGCUGGGUUUUUACUGCUGCUUGUAGUAAUGAACCAGAACAUCAUGGAGGCUUUUAACUCUGGUCCUCUGGGACUGGAGGAGUUUUCACAGCUGGUGCAAACUAACUAACUAACUAACUAACUAACUAACUAACUAACUAACUGCUGAGUCAGUUUGUUAGUUUGUAAAGAUUCAUGUAUUUGAUUGAAACGUAUCAAAAACAAACAAAAGCUUCAUUUUAAGCUGCAGCAGCAUCAUUUCUAUCUGCUGUUACAUCCAUACUAACCUGCUGGGUU